GCGGUGUGUAGUUGUCGCAUCUUAAUCACGUGCUUGUGUGUCUGCCCUUCAGAAUGCAGAGAUGGCGGCCUCCGGGAGCAGCGGGCAGAAAGCGGGCGGGCUGCUGGUAACCCUGCCCCGGGUGUCCUUGGCCAAUCUGAGACCUAACCCUGGUGCCAGACAGAGAGAAAGACAAAGAGGCCGUGGUAGACAUGGUGGUAGGAAAAGUGGUCGGGGCCACAAAGGAGAGACACAGAGGGGAAACAGACCUCGUUUAGGAUUUGAGGGAGGCCAGACCCCUUUUUAUCUGGUUAUCCCUAAGUAUGGGUUCAACGAGGGACACAGCAAUCGGCGCCAGUAUCACCCUCUGAGUCUGAAGAAGUUGCAGUACUUGAUUGAUCUUGGAAGGGUAGAUCCAUCCCAGCCGAUCGACUUAACACAGCUAGUAAAUGCCAGGGGAGUGACCAUACAGCUCUUAAAGAGAGAUUAUGGUGUCCAGCUUUUGGAAGAGGGCGCAGACCUAUUUUGUGCUAAAGUUAACAUUGAAGUCCAAUGGGCAUCCGAGCUGGCAAUUGCAGCCAUUGAAAAAAAUGGUGGUGUUAUCACAACUGGUUUCUACGAUCCACGGAGCCUUGAGGUUCUGUGUAAACCGGUCCCAUUUUUCAUGCGGGGAAAGCCAAUUCCCAAACGAAUGCUUCCUCCAGAAGACUUGGUAAAGUAUUAUACCGAUGCUGAAAGCCGCGGGUACUUGGCUGAUCCAAUAAAAGUUGCUGAUGCUAGGAAGCACCUUGCUCAGAAAUAUGGUUACAUUCUUCCUGACAUCACCAAAGAUGAACUGUAUGAAAUGCUGUGCACACGCAAGGACCCACGACAGAUAUUCUUUGGUCUUGCCCCAGGCUGGGUUGUCAACAUGUCAGAGAAGAAGAUCCUAAAGCCCACAGAUGAACAUUUGCUCGCAUACUACAGCUCAUAAGUAACAGGAAUGACUGCUAAUAAUGAUGUUCCAUUCCGUCAAAUCUGGAAUUAACCUGUUGCAUUUUGAAGGGUCAGUGAAUGGUAAAUCUGGAGCAAUUGGCAAAGUACUUCCAGAGACCUGUUCACGCUGCAUUGACAUUCUUAUUGUCACAUUCUACACAUUUCUUUUUUUGUUUAGUUAUUACAAUAUUUUGAAUAAAAAAUAUAAUGCGUUUGCAUACA